AUGUCGAGCUUGAUGUCGAGUUUGUUGGCACAGUGGGUGCUGAAUGAUAACACCUCUCAGGACAUCCAUGGCCUCAAACCCCGCGAAUUCGACUCGAUUAAAUCCGUGGCGGCAAACUCUGCCAAUUCGGCUGCUGGAUCAUGGAUUAUUGAUCCGCUUCCAGCGCUUCAGCGGCGUGGUUUGAUUGCCAUUGCAGCAUUGUCCCUGAUUUCUCUCACUUCGACAUUUUCUUUGCUUUGUUUCUUUACCUAUCGGUUCAUUUUCUGGAAGAAGUACUACAAGCGCUACAUUGGAUACAAUCAGUAUGUCGUGUUGAUGUACAAUUUGGCCUUGGCAGAUUUCAUUCAGGGUCUUGGAUUUAUUGUUAGUCUGCGAUGGAUCGACCAAAAUUCUAUUCAUGCAGAAGACCCAGGCUGCUUCUUACAAGGCAUCUGGCUUCAGAUUGGUGACCCGAUGAGUGGAAUGUUCGUGUUGGCCAUCGCUCUGCACACCUUCAUGCAUGUUAGUCUGGGUCGCCAGAUCAGUCACAAGGUAUUUGUAUCACUUGUGGUCGGUCUCUGGAUCUUUGGGGUCAUCCUUGUCGUUAUUCCAAUUGGCAUUUAUGGCAGCCAUGUCUGGAUGCCUUCUGUCGCAUGGUGUUGGAUGACCACUCAACACCCGGUUCUUCGUCUCUUCACCCACUACUUUUGGAUCUUCGCAGCCCAAUUCAUGAACCUCCUCUUAUACGCCAUCAUGUUCGUCCAGCUCCGACGCAAGAUCUCCCAAUCCAAGAUUCUGGGAUCCAGCUACACCGAGAGUCUCAAACGCCUCAAUCGAGUCGUCUCAUACAUGGUCCUCUACCCGAUCGUCUACAUCACCCUGACACUGCCAUUAUCUGCCGGUCGCAUGGCAUCCGUCAGCGGAAAAUCGCCAAGCGUCACAUACUUCUGUGUGGCAGGUGCUUUGAUGACCCUAUCCGGAGCCUGUGACGUCGCACAGUACACCCUGACUCGCAAGAGUAUUGUGCUGGAGUCGGAGACCCGAUCGAAGGAAGCUUCGCGCGAUAAGACGAAGCAAGGCUACGGCAACAUCUAUUCCCAGAACACGGAGGAGAAGGGUCCAUUCACUACCGUUUGUGCUGCACAGGGUGGCAGCUCGACUGAAGCCAUUGUCAACCAGGAAGAAGUUGAACUCACCACCGUUGACCAUGUGUUCCAGCACACGACGAUUACUGUGACCCACGAGCCCGCUUAUUAG